GCGUGAGGAUAUUAUUAAUACCCUCAUCUCCUUCUCACUUUUUUCUUCAAUUUUUUUUUCUUUUCCUAUUCUUUGUUUUUUUAUUCUCUAUAUAUGCUCCGUUUCCUCUUAUACAAUUUCCUUGCAAAUUAUGAUGAGCUUUUGUAGAAGAAGCGUUCACUCUUUUCUGGGUCUUAACGCCAUGGACACCACCACCACCACCACCAUUACUACUACUAAUGACAGCAAGCCUCCAUGGAAAUGCCAACAAUUAGGUCUUGUCACUGCCACUGGUGACCAGCAUCGUCUACCUAAUGUUCUUGAGUCUGCAGCAAUUAUCAAAUCCUCAUCCUCACCGCCUUCUUCUCCACCUUCGCCAGCGAAGAAAGACCCUGGUGGGAUUGGUUUCAUUGAUGAUAUGGGAGGUGGUGUUGAUGGCUUGAUGUCUUGCACCGAGAGUCUUGGAUGUGAAAGCUCAGACGAACGACGAGCCGAUGAUGAUGACGAUGAUAUAUAUUUCUUCGUUAGACCGUGGACGAAGAAAUGGAGGAAGAUGGGUGAGAGAAGAGAAGUGAAGAAGUUUCCUCCUCCUCUUUCUUCGCUGAAACAGAAUGGCCAGCCCAGUUUCUUCCUACGACCUGAGAGGAAAGACGGGAGGCUUGAGCUUACCGAGGUCAGGAUUAAUAGGCCGGAGAUUCUCCGAGCUUAUAGAGAAGAUGGACGGUUGAGAUUGCACCUUAUAGUGGGAGAUGAUGACACCGUCGAGCAACAAGAUUGUAUACAUGAAGAACAAGAACAAGAACAAGAUGAAGAACCACAUCAAAAAGACGAAGAAGAAGAUGAUGAUGUAGAUGAGACGGAAGAAAAAGAAGAAGAACAAGUGAAGGGAAUUGUGGAAGAAGAUAGGGAUAUCGAAGACUGGAAGUUUCCGGUGAGUGCCGGUGAAGGUAUCCGGCGGUGUCACGAGGUGGUGCCUGGACAUCACCACCACCAUAGCCACCAUCACCACCAUAUGCCAGUGUGGAGCCAGCAUUGCGUGACGACCAGGUGAGAGAAAGGGAAAGAAAGAGAAAUAUCUGGUUGGCAAUAAAAUUUUAAAUUUUUAAAUUUUAUUAUUAUUUUUUUAACGUCGUCAUGUGAAAAGAAGACAACUGCUACUACUUGAUCCCAAAGAAAGAGAGAAAGACAACCAAAAAAGGAAAAAAGCUUAAUUAAGGGUAUGUGUUGUGGAGAGAGUACGUGUUUCAUUGUUGUGAAAUUUCAUCUCUGCCAUAAGUAUUUUAGCAGAGAAAGAGAGAAAAAGAAAAACAAAGAAAAUGGUGGAUUUAAUUGUCUCUCAGCUUAAUUUCGAGAACCCCCAGAAUGGUGCGUGUAUGUAUGGAUAAACGAUGGAUUGGGAAUCUCUGCAAUAGACAGCACCCGAUGGUGUGUUAGGGCUCGGUAACCAAGACAUCCCAGACACAAAAAGAAGCAACCGAAAAAAAAAAAAUGAAUAAAAAUUUACAAAAAAAUUCUCUGCAGGACACCCCGCACAGAGAAAUGAUUUGCAUUUUGCCAAAUUUAGAAAAUUUUCUGAUUGUUGUUAUCGUUGUUCUUGUUGUUUCUUUAUCCUUUUUUGGUACUCAAUGAGAUGGCUUUAUACCUUCUGUUAAUUCUUCUUUUGUAUUACCUUCAAAGUUUGGUGAAAGCUAGAUUAGCUAAUUAAAUUUAUUAAUUACAUA